UUAAGCAGAGCUUUUUGMUAAAAAAGUUUCUUACUGUGUCCUGAACUCCUUGUUAUACAUUACUGAAAAGUCUUAGUAUGGAGAGACAUAAAGUGGAAAUUCUGUUUUGUUAUCAAGAAGUUUGACUUCUGACAAUUUUUGAAACAGGAUCUGAAGAAUCUUUUCACCCGCUGCAAUUAGAAUCUACUCUGAGUGAUGACUGUCAGAAUGCUGAUCAGCCAGAGGAUCUUAACCCUGUGUUACACAGACCUUUUGAACAAACACAUGGAAUUAGACACAGAAGCAAUGAGAAUUGUGUUUCAUCUGCAAGAGAGUAUGAAGAGCUGUCAAGAGGUAUGGGAUGCAUUAAUCUCCAGUGUUCAGUGGAAGAUCUGCAAAAUGAAAGUCUGAUUGAACUGGAAGAACAAAAAUCGUUUUAUCAGCUAGAUAYCACACCAGUUACAAUGGAUGAAACUUUCCCUCAACAUUUACUAAAAGAGACUGUGUCUUCUGAACAAUUACCUUUGGAAGCAUUUGAUAAAAAGUAUGUAAAGCUUCCUGAAAACUCAGUUCAUGUAGAUGAAGUAAAUAAAGCUGUGGAGCUGCAUUCUCAGUGCAAUAUGAAUAUAAAGGAGCCAGUUGAAAGCUGUCCAGGACAAGAAUCUUUGAGGGUUCUCAGAGAAACCAACUUGGAAGACUCAAAUAUCCAUUUGCACUCUGCUGUACAACAGAGCAGUUCUUUACACCAAAGGCAUGRAAAGCAUUCUCAUCCUGUGCCCAGAAGCUCAUGUCAUAUCCCUGUCUGGGAGACUGAGUCAGGGCAUGGUAUUAUGGAAGAACCUGAGCUGACUCUGAUAAGCUCCAAUGACAUCAGCAUUGUAGAAUCAGACAUUGAACAUCGUAACCAAGAGCAAAUGAAGGAGGAUGCAAUGGAUAACCCAGCAUGUGUGCAUCAGUCUGAAUGUAAYGUUUUUACUGAGGUGAGCAUUAUCUAAGGAGAUUCUGUCUUGAACUUACUAUUAUUCACAAUAAGGAGAGGCCUCAUUGUAGCAGUUAAUCCAUGUUGCAAAACAAGAGAAUGUUGGGUUCUCCAAGCUUUGUAAUUGUUUUGGAUCAUCUUAGUUUGAUGUUAUGCUUUCCAGACAGAUCGAAUAGAUUUUAAAUUUGGGCUAUUCCUUAGAAUCACUACCUUAUCAUGUUGAUGUAGAUAGAAUUCAAGAAGACUUGCUGCAAAAAAAAAAAGAAAACCAUCUUGCUGGUGUUUGCAAGACUGAAUUGUAUCAUAUUAGUUGAAAACUUGAAUGAAAGGAGAGUGUGGGAUAAAAUGAAAACACAAACUAAACAGGAAAAAGAGGCAAGAUCCCUCAUCUAGUGAGGAUGGAGCCACACCAGGCUGACACAGCAUUUUGAGGUUUAUGGAGAAGAUGAAUCAGUUCUUCAUAACUGCCAGGCUUAAUUAGCCUGUGGUGCUUUUGCUGCUUGCUCAUAUAAAGCAAAGGCUGUGAGUUGCAGAGGGGCUGGGCUGAGAUAAUAUUUUGGCUGCUGAAGCAGUAAUGCAGAACCAAGUAAUCURUGUUAGAAGAACAGAUUAGAUUAAAUCAUGGCAAGAGGCAUCUAGGGAAUUUCUGAAAGUGUCUAAAGGGUCUUUAUCAAGUAGUCCAUACAUGGGUGAAGUAGAGGUUGACAGCUGGAGGCUGUGGGGAUGUGGAUGCUGUGGUGGGUGUCGCCUGCCUCUGGGAAAAGAGGGGGAAAGGGAAAGCAGGAAAAGAGUGAUGGGGAGAACUAAAGAGAACAGGAGGAAAGGAAAAGAU